UCAAUGAAUGCUUUUCUUAUUGUAUACCUUUGUAUUCUAAUUAGUAAAGCACUAAUAAAUACCAUCCUGAAAUAUGUUUGGCAGCUUGAGCAAUAUCGUGAUGAACCUUGGUAUAAUAAGAAAACAGAAUCCGAAAGGAAAAGAAAUGUGUUUAUCGCAGCAUUUACAGAUUUUCUUUCUUUCAUGGUCCUUUUCAACUACAUCAUUCCUGUUUCUAUGUAUGUCACAGUAGAAAUGCAGAAAUUUCUUGGUUCUUAUUUUCUCACUUGGGAUGAAGAAAUGUUUGAUGAAGAAACAGGUGAAGGACCACUCGUGAAUACCUCUGAUCUUAAUGAAGAGUUAGGGCAGGUUGAAUAUGUCUUCACAGAUAAAACAGGGACAUUAACUGAAAACAAUAUGGAAUUUAUAGAGUGCUGCAUUGAGGGGCAUGUUUAUAUACCCCAUGUCAUCUGUAAUGGCCAAAUUCUCCAUGACUGUAGUGGAAUUGAUAUGAUUGAUUCAUCCCCAGGAGGAAGUGGAAAAGACCGAGAAGAGCUCUUUUUCCGAGCUCUAUGUCUUUGUCAUACAGUUCAAGUGAAGGAAGAUGAUACGGUAGAUGGAGUAAAGAAAGCUCAACUUUCAGGAAAAUCUUCUGUGUAUAUUUCAUCAUCCCCUGACGAAGUUGCUUUAGUUGAAGGAAUUCAGAGACUUGGUUAUACAUAUUUACGAUUGAAAGACAAUUUUAUGGAAAUUUUAAAUCGAGAAAAUGACAUUGAAAGAUUUGAACUAUUAGAAGUUCUUAGUUUUGAUUCAGUAAGAAGACGGAUGAGUGUGAUUGUAAAAUCAGCAAAAGGCGAAAUAUUUCUAUUUUGCAAAGGAGCAGAUUCUUCUAUAUUUCCUAGAGUUACAGAAGGAAAAAUAGAACAGAUAAGAUCAAGAGUUGAGCGAAAUGCCGUGGAGGGCUUACGAACGUUGUGUGUUGCAUAUAAAAAAUUCACAUACGAAGAAUAUGAGAUUGUGGAAAAACAGCUUCAAGUGGCAAAAAUAGCCCUUCAGGAUCGGGAAAAAAAACUGGCAGAAGCAUAUGAACAGAUAGAAGAUGGGCUUAUCUUGCUUGGGGCUACAGCAGUUGAAGACCGAUUACAGGAAAAAGCUGCUGAUACAAUUGAUGCUCUGCAGAAGGCUGGCAUUAAAGUAUGGGUUCUGACAGGAGACAAAAUGGAGACUGCUGCAGCAGCCUGCUAUGCCUGCAAGCUAUUCAGAAGAAAUACUCAAAUACUUGAAUUGACUACAAAGAAAAUAGAGGAGCAGAAUUUGCAUGAUGUAUUAUUUGAAUUGAGCAAAACUGUUCUAAAGCACAGUGGCAGCUUAACAAGAGAUAUCUACUCAGGGCUUUCAGCUGAAAUGCAAGAUUAUGGUUUAAUUAUUGAUGGAGCAGCAUUAUCAUUAAUAAUGAAACCACGGGAAGAUGGCAGCUCUGGUAACUACCGAGAAAUCUUCCUUGAAAUUUGUAGAAACUGCAGUGCAGUUUUAUGCUGUCGUAUGGCUCCUUUGCAAAAAGCACAGAUUGUAAAAUUAAUUAAAUGGUCAAAAGAACACCCCAUCACAUUAGCAAUUGGUGAUGGAGCAAAUGAUGUCAGUAUGAUAUUAGAAGCACAUGUUGGCAUAGGCAUUAUUGGAAAAGAAGGCCGUCAAGCAGCAAGAAACAGUGACUAUGCAAUAGCCAAAUUUAAACAUUUGAAAAAAAUGUUACUGAUUCACGGGCAUUUUUAUUAUGUCAGGAUAUCUGAACUGGUGCAAUACUUCUUUUAUAAGCCUUUAUAUGAUACUGCGUAUCUUACUCUGUAUAAUAUCAGCUUUACUUCACUUCCUAUUUUGUUAUAUAGUUUAAUGGAACAACAUGUGAGUUCUGAGACACUCAAGAGAAACCCUAUACUAUACAGGGAUGUUGCCAAGAAUGCUCACCUACGAUGGCGUACAUUCAUUUACUGGACAUUCUUGGGAGUUUUUGAUGCUGUCGUCUUUUUCUUUGGUGCCUAUUUCUUGUUUGACAAUUCAACUAUGACCAGCAAUGGGCAGAUGUUUGGAAACUGGACCUUUGGAACACUGGUGUUCACUGUAUUGGUAUUCACCGUUACAUUAAAGCUUGCACUGGAUACUCACUAUUGGACAUGGAUCAACCACUUUGUGAUCUGGGGAUCACUACUUUUCUACAUUGUCUUUUCUCUUCUCUGGGGCGGGAUCAUUUGGCCAUUUCUCAACUACCAGAGGAUGUACUACGUAUUCCUGCAGAUGCUAUCUACUGGUCCUGCUUGGCUGGGCAUUAUUAUGCUUAUAAUUGUUAGUCUUCUUCCAGAUGUCCUCAAAAAGCUUCUGUGCCAGCAGAUAUGGCCUACAGCAACAGAAAGAAUUCAGAAAACAUCCAACCCUGAGCAGGACGCUAUUUCAGAAUUCACACCUCUUGCCUCUUUGAAGAGACCAAAAUAUCGAAGUAAUGAAUGCAAGAAGUCCUCAGCAAAAAGGUCUUGUUCUAAAAAAAUAAUGUUCACACGCUGGCAAAACUAUGAUUAUUCAAUGCUCCCAUCUAUCUUUGGCUACUCUAACUAUUCCAAGCGUUGCAAUUCCAGCACACAGGACUACCACCAAAGUGCAGGUUUUGAAACAUCUCUGUGACAGAUCACCAACUCAAGCCUUUAAGAACCACAGCAACUCUUCCCACCCCUCCCCACCUGCAAAGGACCAUUUAAGAACUCAACCAGAAAAUCAUGACUUUUGCUGCCACAUGUAAGAUCCUGACAAGCCUGCUACAAAACCAGGAGUAUUGGUCUUUUUUUAAAAUGUUUUUGAACUAUUCAAACAAUGAAGUUAUGUACACAGUCUGGUACUGUGGAAAUAGUUCUAAUGCUAUUUUCAUUCUUCUCAGUCAAAAACUGUGUGUAUUACCUCCAUCAUCCCUUUUCGUUUUGUUCGAUGAGCCCUGCUUUGAUUUGUGACUAUAUCUGGAUCUGAAUUUUGAAAAAUGGUCAGUCAUAAACAAUGCUUUUGGAUGUUCAGUCAGCAAGUAUAUUCACUAAUGCUGCUUUUGACAGUCUUCGUCCUUUCUUUGCUUUUUCUCUGGGUGUUUCGGCUGUGCAAAUCAGCACACGGGAAACAGAUUCUAAUGUCUUUGUAUUGUCAGAACAGGACUAUAUGUGAUCUCAAAAUAUUCUUUUUUUUUUUUGCUAAAGACCAAUGCUUUUAAA